AUGGCUGACCCACUGUGCCUCCCUCCUCCGUCAGCUCCGCCCCCGCGGUUCUUCUUCCUCCGCGCGACCCCUUCCCCUGCUCUCUUCCACCACCGCACGCGUCCGCGCCCGAUCCCCUCAACCCCCACGCCUCUGCGUCGCCCCAAGCCUCGUCUCCCCGUCGCCAUGGCCCGGCGCCCACGCUUCUGCUGCUUCGUCGCCCGCAGCCGUCGGCCUCCCGCGCCCAUCUCCUUGCUCAGGCCGCCCCUCGCCGCAGUUGCACCCUGCAGGAGCUCCCGCUGGACCCGACUAUCUUCUGCCGCAGCUCCUCUGCUCCGCCCGUCCUCUGCCCCGCCUCCAUCGCUGGACCGCCCCGACCCCGUCGUCAACCAUGCGACCAAGCCUAGGCCGCGCCCCGCCUUCCACCGCCUCGCCGAUGACCUCCUCCGCACUGGAUCCAGCCUCGACGACCCAUCCCCGACCUCCUCGUUCGACUCCUCGCCAGAUCCGGAGGUCCUCGUCGUGCCCCCGCCUCGCUGCGUUCUGCGCUGGAGUUCCCCUACCGCCAUCUUUGUUCAGUCACCUCGCAAAGGAGACGACCAGCAACACAGGCCGCAUCGAGCCACGGCCAAAACCUGA